AACUUUUCAUUUCCACUUCCUGUCAUUCAGCAAGGACACCGGCUAAAGUGCUAAGAAUACUAUAAAAUGUUUUCAAGGCUAGCAAAACCGAGUACUGUCACAUUUUUUGUUAGCAGGUCAUUCUGCAAAACUUCACAGGCUUGGCAGUCUCCAAAAGUUGCUGUUCUUGGAGCCGGUGGUGGUAUUGGUCAACCUUUAUCUUUACUUCUAAAAAAUUCAGCAAAAAUAGCCAGUCUGUCGUUAUACGAUAUUGCUCACACACCAGGUGUUGCUGCUGAUUUAAGUCAUAUUGACACGAGGGCAGUAGUCAGUGGUCAUCUUGGUCCAGCAUCAUUGGAAGCAUGUCUGACAGAUGCAAGUGUUGUAUUGAUACCAGCCGGUGUUCCAAGAAAACCAGGAAUGACAAGAGAUGAUCUGUUCAACACAAAUGCUGGAAUUGUCAGAGAUUUAGUGUCAGCCAUUGGAGAUUUCUGUCCAAAAGCAAUGAUCUGUAUCAUUACCAACCCGGUUAAUUCCACAGUGCCAAUAGCAGCAGAGGUUUUAAAGAAAAAAGGAGUAUAUGAUCCUAGACGUCUAUUUGGUGUUACAACAUUGGAUAUAGUUAGAUCAAAUGCAUUUGUAGCAGAAGCUAAGGAAUUGGAUGUAUCUAAAUUAAAUGUUCCAGUUAUGGGUGGACAUAGUGGAGUAACAAUUAUACCUGUCAUCUCACAAGCAACACCCAGUGUUUCAUUUCCACCAGAGGAGAGAAAGAAGUUAUCAGAGAGAAUACAGAAUGCUGGAACAGAAGUGGUAGAGGCCAAGGCUGGUGCUGGAUCAGCAACCUUGUCUAUGGCAUAUGCUGCAGCUAGAUUUACAUUUUCAUUGUUAGAAGCUAUGGCUGGAGGUGAAGGACAAGUAGAAUGUGCAUAUGUACAGUCAGAAGAAACAGAUGCUGCAUUCUUCUCAACGCCUCUCUUAUUAGGUAAAAAUGGUGUUGAAAAGAAUCUUGGUAGAGGUAAACUCAUCGAUUAUGAAAUGCAGCUCUUAGAUGCCGCUAUGCCUGAACUUAAGAAAAACAUUCAAGCUGGAGUAGACUUUGUAAACAAAUCAUAGUGUCAGUUAAAUUAUACAAACAAAAAUUUUACGUUAUUAUCUGAGGGUAAAGUGGGGAUUCCGAUUUAAUGCAAUCCAAAUAUUUUCUUAUUUUGAAUUUAUGAUUCUUUUUCUAUAGCAGUCGUAAUACCAGUUUUCUUCAACAUAUGGUCCUAUCUAAGUGUAAUCUUUUUUUUUUAACUGGUUCUUUAUUUUUAUCUGUUAGGCAUGGUGCUUUAGUCAUAACAUCAAUUGUUUACAAAAUAAAAAGAAAAGAAAAUAGUAUUUUGAAUUAUCGAUACAUAUUUUGUUGCCAUUACCGAAAAUCUAAAAUUUUCAAUUUUUUCACUUGUUACCAGUCAUAUUACAUUCACUUGAUUAAUUGGUGAAACAAAUUCGUCUGUCUCCAAUGUCCAAGUUAGUUCAUCCAAAGUAAUUCAAUAUUAAAUAUUUCACAUACCGGUAUGUCUAUUUAUUUAUCACAUGUUAGUGGUAGAAUAUCAGGUAUUUUGAUAUUAAUUUUUCGACCUAGAUUUUUCCAUGACAUCAAAAUACGAUUUUCAGUUAAACCAAUAUUUAUUAUUGAAUCUUUCUGGAAUUCUUCAGAACAUUUUUCGUUUGGAUUAUGGGGUUAUUCAUAUAGACAAAUCAUUUUCUGCUUUACAUCAUACCUGAUCAAUUUUUGUUCUCUUGUGAAAGCUUUGCUGUGAAAGUAUGCAUACCAAAUGUCUGCAUCCUCAAUGAUUAUUUUUUACUUUUUGAUGGUAUUUAGUAUAAGCACUAUGUAAAAUGUUACAUUAUUGAGAGAUUAUAUAGUAUAGUGCUGUAAGAAGACUUUUUGUGUGCUGACUUUUGUUAUGUUGUGAGAUAUCAUAGAACAUAGUUGUUAUACCACAAUAAAAAGAAUUAAUUUUA